CACAAUCCUCCGCUGAGGGUCGCCUGACUGGUUUGUGGGAGGAUAGUCGUCAGCGAGAGGAGAGGGAAGUGUGCCCUGGCCGGAGAAGGCGCUCAGCAGCAAUCAUGUCGGCUCAGGCCCAGAUGAGAGCCCUGCUGGACCAGCUUAUGGGCACGGCGCGGGACGGGGACGAGACUCGGCAGCGAGUAAAGUUUACAGAUGAUCGUGUCUGCAAAAGUCAUCUCCUGGACUGCUGUCCUCAUGAUAUUCUUGCUGGAACGAGGAUGGAUUUGGGUGAGUGCACCAAGAUUCAUGACUUGGCACUGAGGGCCGAUUAUGAAAUUGCAAGUAAAGAAAAAGAUCUGUUCUUUGAGCUUGAUGCUGUGGAUCAUUUGGAGUCCUUCAUUGCUGAGUGUGAUAGAAGAACCGAACUCGCAAAGAAGCGCCUUGCUGAAACUCAGGAGGAAAUUAGUGCAGAAGUUGCUGUAAAGGCAGAGAAAGUUCAUGAGUUGAAUGAAGAGAUUGGAAAAUUGUUGGCAAAAGCAGAACAACUAGGAGCUGAAGGGAAUGUUGAUGAAUCACAAAGAAUUCUAAUGGAAAUGGAGAGAGUCAAGGCCCGUAAACGAGAGGCGGAGGAUGAAUACCGCAAUUCGAUGCCUGCAUCCAGCUUUCAACAGCAGAAACUGCGGGUUUGUGAAGUGUGCUCUGCGUACCUUGGAUUACAUGACAACGAUCGGAGACUUGCAGAUCACUUUGGGGGGAAGUUGCAUUUAGGCUUUAUUCUCAUCCGAGAGAAACUUGAGCAAAUGAGAAAAACUGUUGCAAGCAAGCAGGAAAAACGAAACCAGGAACGCUUGCGGAGACGAGAGGAACGAGAAGAACGAGACCGAGAAGAGCGAGCAGGAAAGCGGUCGCGGUCCAAAGACAGGAGGAGACGAAGAUCGCGAUCAUCUUCUCGUGACAAACGAAGAUCAAGGUCAAGGGAACGACACAGGCAUCAUCGUAGUCGCUCAGGAAGUCGGAACAAAAGUCACCAUGGCAGUUCACGUGAUAGGGAGCGUUCAAGAAAAUAACUACUAUGAAGCAGCUUAAAUAGAUCUGCUGGAAUGACACAACUACGGUGUUUCAGUCAUGAAGUCUGAUUUUGCAUAUGGGGAACUUGCAGUACUUCAAAUAACAUUCUUUGUGUUGUAUUUUUAAGUAAUCGAGCAAUGUUCUAUAAAUGAUAAUAAAGCUUUUUUCUUACUGAAAACUCACAUUUGAUAAACUUAAUUUUUUAUUUUUAUUUUCAAAAUAGCGAUGUUACUCAAUGCAAUUCUGCUUUUCUUUCGAUUUUGAAAAUAGUUGGAAGAUAAUUAAAGCAUUUGUUUAGCCCACAGGGUUUGUUCA